AUCAUCGAUUUCGUAUUUUCGCAUAAGCUCAGGGUGAGUGAAUGCUCCAAUGUAAGAUGUUGUCUCAUAAUGUCUCUUGUAUCUCACCUUCUCUCUACUUCGUUUCACCUUUGUCUAUGUCGUCUUCCCGUUCAUAGCACGACGAAGUUCAGUUGUGCAAACAACCUAUAACACAAUAACUUCCUGUCGCGCUCUCAGCAAUGCUACCGUAAUUGAAACUCUCGAGUUCGCAUAGUUUCACGGCCCCACGUUCAAUGGCAUUUCUUUCACAGACUUGGACCUUGACGGCCAAGAACCUUAAAAUUAUUCUUCUUCGGCACUGGUCGGCGACCGUAAUUCGAGCAUUCGUUCUGCCAAUCCUCUUGGCAGCCUUCCUCUCCUUCGCCCGCUCGCUCUUCGUUCCUCCCGCCGUAUUUGGAAUUGGCGACGCCCACGCCAUCCGGAACCUACAAGAUGGGCUACACGCUGCGAGCAGCACCGGUCGCACCGUGGUAGCUUUUGUGAACAGUGGGCUGGCAGGCGGAGACAUUGACCGGGUUAUUGAUACACUUGCCGAUACGGUGACGGGCGCCGGCAAGAAUGCUACGAGGCUCUCCACAGCAUCGGAUCUAGGCUACGCGUGCCGCAGCUCGCUGCGCGGUGUCAGUGGCUGCUACGGCGCUGUGGUCUUUAACUCGUCCCCGAACGAAGGCGACAGCGGUCUCUGGAACUACACUUUGAGGGCGGAUGGCGCUUUGGGGACCAAAAUCGACACCACAAAGAACACCAAUGAUGGGGAGAUAUACACGCUGCCCCUGCAGAGGGCGGUGGAUUUGGCCAUUGCGAACCUCAACUCCACGGAUGUUCAGUUUCCGAGCACGACAGACGAAUAUCCUUUCACGACCUUGACGAAAGAGGAGCGGGCCGACAAGAUACGUCAAAUCUACCAGGCGGCCUUAACCAAUUACCUCGGCGUCGCUUUCAUUGCCGCUAUCAUCGGCGUCUGCUACCACAUGACGGGCUUCAUGGCCACGGAGCGCGAAAUCGGCAUGUCCAACCUGAUCGACUCUAUGCUCCCAACCAAGCGAAGAUGGAAAGCUCAAGCGGCGAGACUCCUGUCCUACCACCUUGCCUUCACGUUUGUCUAUUUGCCCGGUUGGAUAAUCGCCUCCAUCAUUAUCGGUCGGGGCGUGUUCGCCAAUACGAGCUUGGGCAUAGUACUGAUCUACUUCGUCUUGUGCGGCUUGGCUCUGACUUCCCUGUCCAUCAUGGGCGCGGCCUUCUUCAAUAAAUCCCAGCUUUCCGGCGUGGUUAGUGUAAUUGCCUACAUCAUACUCGCCAUCAUUGCGCAGACUGUGACCUCGCCGUCUUCGGGUACGGUCGCCGUGUUGAGUUUGCUGUUCACCCCUUGCAAUUUCGUAUAUUUCAUCACAUUUGUUGCGAGGUAUCAGCAACAAUUGGCACCUGCGGAUUUGGUACAUACGGCGCCGGGAAGCCCUUGGAAUUUGCCUGGCAUUGUGCUUUGGAUAUUUCUUAUUAUACAGAUAAUUGCCUACCCACUGAUUGGCGCUUACUUGGAGAAAUCAUUCCAUGGCACCACUACCAAGGGUCGCACAAUACUUCGGGGACAAGGCAGUGAUGUGGCGCCUCAAGCUGCCGUUCGCCUAGAGGGCUUCACAAAGGUGUAUAAACCCAGCCCUCUCCGCCACUUAUUUAGUUUCAUUUCGAAGCCCAGGGAACCGGUAAUAGCAGUCAACAAUCUGACGUUGAAUGCUGGCAGAGGACAAAUUCUGGCGCUUUUGGGUGCCAACGGCAGCGGAAAGAGCACAACUCUAGAUUCUAUCGCCGGAAUCAGCAAAUUAUCCAGCGGUAACAUUGCUAUUGACGGUACAGGAGGUCUUGGGAUUGCACCGCAGAAGAAUGUUCUCUGGGAUGAAUUGACCGUCUUUGAGCAUAUUCAGAUUUUCAACAGACUGAAGGCCCCUGGCAACGCGUCCUCGAAGCAAGAGAUCACAGAACUGGUGAAUGCUGUCGAUCUCACGCUCAAGAGCAACGCAAUGUCCGGAACUCUGUCCGGCGGUCAGAAGAGGAAGCUUCAACUGGGAAUGAUGCUCACAGGCGGAAGCGCUGUUUGUUGCGUGGACGAAGUCUCCAGCGGAAUUGAUCCUCUGUCUCGCCGCAAGGUCUGGGACAUCCUCCUGGCCGAAAGAGGCAAGCGAACUAUUAUUUUGACGACGCACUUCCUGGACGAGGCCGAUCUUCUGGCAGACCAGAUUGCUAUUUUGUCAAAGGGAACCAUUCGUGCUCAGGGGUCCUCUGCUGAGCUGAAAGAUCGGUUAGGUGCUGGCUACCGAAUCCACGUGUUCAAUGCCCAAGACAUCAAGGACGCCCCCACUGUCGACGGCGUUACUCGAAAGAUCUCAUUCGACGUCAUCAGCUACAUCGCGCAGUCCAGCGCGUUGGCGGCUCAAGUGAUCACUGCCCUGGAGUCUGCCGGCUUGCACGACUACAAGUAUUCCGGGCCGACAAUUGAGGAUGUCUUCCUGCAAGUUGCCGAGGAAGUGAAAGGAGAGGGCCUGUCUGGGAGCACAGGGGAGGGUGCCACUUCCACCGUCACGAAUGACAUACAAACAGCUUCGGACGAAGUCAUGGGAGUGGACGGUGCUAACAAAGAACGCCUCGAACUUAUGUCGGGUCAACCCAUUGGUUACAUGAAAAUGAUGGCGGUUCUUUUCAUGAAGAGGUGUACCAUCUUCAAGACAAAUUGGUUCCCAUUUGUUGCGGCAUUUUUGAUCCCCAUUAUAGCUGCGGGAUUGACUUCAUUGUUUAUUAAAGGUCAGGACCCAAUUGGCUGUACUCCAGCCGAGCAAAACCGGGCGGCGUCUACAUCUGACUACACAGACCUGUACAACAACAUUUCUCUUGUAGCCGGGCCAUCUUCCCAAUUUGACGUCACUACUCUGUCAAGGCUGUUUCUGCCCAUCUUCCAAAACCAGUUUGGCCGCGGUGAUUCCUCCGGAUCGGGAGUGUCAAAUGUGACGGUGUCCUUCCUUCAGAACCUCCACCUUGUUGAUUCCCUAGAUGAUUUCAACAGUUAUGUGUUGAAACAUCGCAGGGAUAUCACGCCUGGCGGCUGGUGGCUGGGAGAUGCCAGCUCGAGGCCCACACUUGCAUAUACUGCUGACACGGGUGAUGUGUAUACUUCAGUGUUCGACCAGAACGCACUGAACAUAAUGCUAUCCAACAUCAGCAUCGCCACGACUUUCUCCCCCUUCGAUCGUCCAUGGGCUCCCGGUACCGGCAACAGUCUUCAGCUCCUCGUGUACAUGGGUCUGGCCUUCUCUGCGUAUCCCGCCUUCUUCGGAAUGUACCCAAACAUCGAACGGCGUCACAAUGUUCGAGGUCUACAGUACUCCAACGGCGUUCGAUCGUUACCGCUGUGGGUGUCUUACUUGGCCUUCGACUUUGCCAUUGUCCUCGUCUCCACCGCUAUCGUCACUAUCAUCUUCAUUACGCUCAGCGACGUCUGGUACCACGCGCCUUACCUUUUCCUUAUCUUCAUGAUGUAUGGCCUCGCAUCUAUUCUGCUGGCUUACGUGAUCUCGUUGUUUUGCAAGACCCAGCUGUCGUCGUACGCCUUUGCGGCGGCAUCACAGGCUGUGGGGUUCUUGAUUUAUCUGAUUGCCUAUUUGGUGGUCAUGACUUACGCGCCGAUCGUUCGCAUUGACCAAGACAUCAUCAUGGUCCACUUCAUCGUGUCUGCCUUUAUUCCGAUGGGGUCGAUUGUCCGCACGUUGUUCAUUGCUCUGAAUCUAUUCAGUACGGCCUGCAACGGAGAUCAACUCGAGAGCAAUGCAGCGGCUAUGACAGCCUACGGAGGACCGAUUCUGUACCUAAUCCUCCAAUCCCUGCUCCUCUUCGGGAUUCUACUAUGGUACGACAGUGGGGCGGGGGUCAACAUCCUACACCGGUUCACUCAGAAGUCGGUCGAUACAACUGAUGAUGCAGCCAUCUCCGACGAAGAGGUUGCGAGCGAGCUCACUCGUGUUGUGAGCACACCGAAAGAGUCUGAUGGUCUCCGUGUUAUGCACCUGACCAAGUCGUUUGGCAAGAACACGGCAGUGGACAACGUCACAUUCGGGGUCAAGCACGGCGAGGUUUUUGCAUUACUCGGGCCUAACGGUGCUGGAAAAUCGACAACUAUCUCCCUGAUUCGUGGCGAUAUUCAGCCGAGUCGCAAUGGAGGAGACGUCUUUGUCGAGAAUACCUCGGUCAGUAAACGGCGGGCUGCAGCCCGAGCCAACCUGGGCGUAUGUCCCCAGUUCGACGCCAUUGAUUCCAUGACUGUACUCGAGCACCUACGAUUUUACGCCAAGAUCCGCGGCAUCCCCAAUGUGGACCACAACGUAACAGCCGUCCUCCGCGCCGUCGGCCUCGAAGCCUUCGCAACGCGCAUGGCCCAUGCCCUCUCGGGCGGUAACAAGCGCAAGCUCUCCCUCGGCAUCGCCCUCAUGGGUAACCCGUCCGUCGUUUUGCUUGAUGAGCCCUCUAGUGGGUUGGAUGCAGCAGCGAAACGCAUCAUGUGGCGGACUCUGGGCACCAUAGUACCAGGACGAUCCAUCUUACUCACCACCCACUCGAUGGAAGAGGCCGAUGCGCUCGCAAACCGCGCUGGCAUCAUCGCGAAGCGCAUGUUAGCUAUGGGCACCACGGAGAACCUGCGCCACCGCUUCGGUGACGCGUUGCACGUGCACCUGGUCAGCAAAUCGGCGCCGCACUCGACGCCCAAGGAGAUGGAGCGGAUGCGCAACUGGGUCGUAAGCGCCUACCCCGAAGCCGAAAUCGAGCAGAAAAUGUACUAUGGUCAACUGCGGUUCAGCUUAUCGGCUAGCGCAGUGGUAGGAGGUGCGACGGACGGCCGGAGUGCGGUGGGGCAGCUGAUUGUGGUGCUAGAAGGGCAGAAGGGGGAGUUGGGGAUAGAACAUUAUAGUGUGAGUCCCACUACGCUAGACCAGGUGUUCUUGAAGAUUGUGGGGAAACACAAUGUACAGGAGGAGAAUUAUGAGAUCAAGGAGAAGAGGAGUUGGUGGGGGAGAUAGACGAUGCGUGGGUGAAUAGAGGGCAUUCAGGGGUUGUUCUUACAUUAGAUAAUCAGUGAAACGCUAAUAACACUAGUGGCGACAAAUUACGAAAAUACGCUUCC